AUGCCUCCCUCCAAUGGCAGCAUGCGCAUCCAACGGUUGAUCGUAUUGCUCGCGGUUGGUAUUCUUGCUUGUCUUUCACUCCUACUCCUGCGAUCAGAGAAACCUCCAGAGAAGCCCAUACCUUUGCCUCCUCCCGAACCGAUACGACACCCUCAACUCCAUGCGGGGCAAAACACAUACCUCCCUGAGAAGGAACACCCUAUCACCCAUCUCAUCAACAAUGCUCAGGAGGAUUUCAAUCAUGCGCAAUCACGGCAAUCAAAAACCUUGGCCGAAGCCGUGACGGAGUACCAGCGCCGCUACAAGAUGCACCCGCCGCCUCAUUUCGAUAAAUGGUUCGAGUUUGCCCAGUCAAGAAACGUACAACUUAUCGACGAAUUCGAUUCGAUUUACCACUCCCUCCUCCCUUUCUGGGCCGUGAAGCCCAAGACGAUUCGCGAAAGGGCCCGCGAGACCCUCGGAUUUGACAAUGCGGUGCUCGGCGUUUUGAUUCGCGACGGCAAGGUCUCGUUGACAGAUGGAGGGGGUGACGAUCGUAAAUGGCAGCGCGACGCCACGGCUGGUAUGAUGGCAGCAUUCGUGCAGUACUUGCCCGACAUGGACUUGGUGUUCAACACUCAUGAUGAGCCGCGCGUCAUCAUCCCUAGCGAAGACCUCCAACGUCUAGUGCAGACAGCCAAAGACUCGGCUCUCCCAGCAGCAUUCAAAAACACCCCGACCAAUUCGUGGUCCCCUCGUGCCGCAGACCUGAACAAAGGCGACCGCAUCGACGAAGUGCGCACCACUCGUUUCAAUCGCUUCGCACACCAGCCGACCUGGACAAACUCCCGAAUCUCUUGUUCGGUUGACACCCCCGCGCGCUCACUAGAGGAAGAUGUUCCAGACAAUGUUGACCCUUACGCAUAUGGCGAACUCGGCUUCAUCUACAACACUACGGCGGCUUCUGACAUUUGCAACACCCCGUCUCUCCGUUCUUCGUACGGAUUCUUCGACCGACCCAACGCGUUCGAUGUCGUUCACGACCUAUUCCCUGUUUUCUCACAGAGCAAGGUUUCCAGCUUCCAGGACAUCAUUUACCCGAGUCCCUGGUACUGGGCCGACAAGGUCCCCUAUGAGCCCAGCAAGGACUAUGCCUGGGAGGCGAAGACAGACCGGAUGUACUGGCGUGGCUCCACGACGGGUGGUUUCUCACGCGCUGGCGGCUGGCGUCGACAACAUCGGCAGCAAUUUGUCGACAACGUCAACGCCUUGGGCACAACCAAGAUUCUGGCUCGUCAAGGGGACGGCUGGGUUUCGCAGGACGUCAACCGGGACAUGUACCGUGACUCUUUUGAUGUCAAAUUCACGCUUAUCGGCCAGUGUGACCCGGACGACUGCAAUGCGCAAACCGAAUAUUUCGGAGUGUAUAAGCAGGCUGGACAGCAAGAUGCGUGGGCGCACAAGUUCCUGGUCGACAUUGACGGCAACGCCUUUAGUGGGCGGUUCCAUGCUUUCUUGCAUAGCAACAGCUUUGUCUACAAGAUCGCUAUCUUCCGCGAAUGGCACGACGAGUGGCUGAAGCCCUGGGUACACUACGUACCCCUCAGCUUGAAAGGCAACGAGUAUGUUGAGAGCAUGCGAUAUUUCACCUCGGAGGAAGAGGGCAAAAGGCUCGCGCCACAAAUUGCCAGCCAGGGUCGGCGCUGGGCACAGCAGACCCUACGAAAUGAAGAUCUGGAGGUUUGGUUCUUCCGCCUACUUCUAGAAUAUGGUCGCCUGGUAGAUGACAACCGUGAUCAACUAGGGUUUGUUCUUUGA